AUGGCUUCAUCAGGCUUUUCUCCUACUGCACCACCAGUCUUUAAUGGUGAAGGGUUCUACAUAUGGCAGGUUAAGAUGAGGACUUACCUGCACGCCUUCGAUCUGUGGGAAGUUGUCAACACAGAUGCUGAGCCAGCUCCACUCAGAGCCAACCCAACAGUGGCUCAAAUCAGACAACAUGCAGAUGAGAGGACCAAAAGGCACAAGGCCAUGUCAUGCAUUCAAAACUGUGUUUCUGAUGUUAUCUUCACUAGAAUUAUGGCUUGUGAGACUCUCAAGCAGGCUUGGGACAAACUCAAGGAGGAAUUCCAAGGCACUGAAAGAACUAGGCAGCAGCAGUUACUAAACUUGAGAAGAGACUUUGAAAAUCUCAAAAUGAAGGAAGAAGAGACAGUGAAGCAGUACUCAGAUAGGAUAAUGGCUGUGGUCAACAGCAUAAGAUUGCUAGGAGAACAGUUCAAUGAGGCAAGAAUUAUGGAGAAGGUGCUCUCAACAUUGCCUGAAAGAUAUGAGGCAAAGAUCUCAUCCUCGGAGGAUUCGAGAGACCUGGAAACAAUCUCCCUAACUGAGCUCAUUAAUGCCCUCUAUGCUCAGGAACAAAGGAAAGCCAGUAGAAUGGAGGGGCACCAGGAGGGUGCUUUCCAAGCUAAGGCCAAAGCAGCCUCGAGCACCUCAAAUUUAUAA